UAGCGUCGCCUGGCUCGCGCGCGCUUCUGGAGCUCUCGUGAGAGCCAAGCUGAGCCGAGCUGAGCUGAGCUGAGCUGAGCUGAGCUGAGCCGAGUCGAGUCGAGCCGAGCUCUUCGGUUAGUCGCGAGUCGCCAACUCGUUGUUCGGUUGCGUCGAACUGAACCAGGGAUGCCGUGUCGUCCCUGAAGACGUUACCUCCCGACGUCGUGCUCCCAAAGAACUACAGCUAGACGUUGUUGUUGUUGUCGUUCCAUUCGAGGAAAGUGCUGCGGGGUAAGGAGCUACCAAAAAAAAACAGAAGAAGAACACCAACAAGAAGAAGACGAAGAAGAAAGAAACAGUGUCUGCGACGAUGCGCGCGAGAACUGGAGGAAGGUCUGAUCUCCUGUCGUCGAAGGUCGUCCUCGGUGUGAUAAGGAUAUACGUGGAGGAACCUUGUCAGUUGCAGCUAGUUUGUCCGCUGCGGAGGACCGACUGAGCCGCCACAAUCGCCGUGGAAUAGGGUGAUUCGCUGAUUGAGGAGCCCAGAAAUUACGGAAGAAGGGAAGAAAGGAGCUGACGUGAUCGCACACGCUCCUGCAAGACUUUAUCAUGUAGGAAGAGAGUGCCUCCGUUAAAAGUUUUAUGUGGUGUUGAACUUUUUCUCCACCGAGACACUGUGCAGCACACGAGUUUGGAGCGACGGCUACAGAUGCUCCGAUCCGUAGAAUAAUAACUACACUUUAGUAUCAUACCAUCCAGCAAGGGACUACUUACUCACCGAAGGGAUUCGUGGCAAAACAAUAACCACGCUCGGUUUAACUGCUUACACCGUUGCUCUAUCGAUUGAAUUCCGACGCGCCAAAAAAGAGAGGAUGUUAAACUGAUGAUGAUGACGACGAUCGAGGAUUAGUGAGGUGGCGGCUCGUUAAUCGACGGUUAUCGUCACAUCACCAUUACACCACACCAUGUGGUAUCCUCUGAUUACCGGUGUGCUCCGAUAAUAAUAACAAAAAUAAUAACAAUAAUAAUAAUAGAAAAAAAAAGAAGAGAGCAAACCCUGCCUUGAUUAAUCAGCGAUAAAGUGAUGCUUAUAUGGUGUGAAAACCCAACUGCCGAUAUAUUAGUCCUUUGACAUUGUUUUAUUUUCGUUUCUUUAUUUAUGUUCUUUCAAAACACGAGCUGCUGUUCUAACUUCUAAUCAAUUUGCCUCGGUUGAAUUGAUCGAAGCUCCGUACAAAGCAAUUGCACAGGAGCAAUAUAUAAAGACACACUGCCCUAAUAAUAUUUUUUAUCAAUAAUAAUAAUAACGAUAAUAUUACCAAUAAUAAUAAUAAUAAGAAUAACAAUCAUACGUUUAAAUCACAACGCGGUAGAGAGAUUAUUCUAUAAAACCGUGAGAGAUGUAGUUCGUCGUGAUAGUUACGCGGAAAUGCGCGGUUGUGAGGAUUCCCUGGGUUUUGAGGUGUCACUGAUUAUCGGUGGCGUCAUUACCGCCUCGACGCGCUGUGAUUUUGUGCUGGAUACAUUAUACCCUCGAAGGGAUAGAAGCUAGUGCUCAGUCCUGGAGGCAGACUCAAACCUAGCGUAAACGGGAACGCUUGUACUGCAAACGUACACGUAAUAGCCGCAGCUUGCUAAGAGAGUUGAGGAGUUGUUCGUGCGGUACGUCCUGCUGAGCAACUAAACGUUGGUGUGACCCACGUGUGUUUCAAACGAUCCUCCGAUAUGUCUGGGGCAACGUCAACGUCGUACUCGUCGCCGGGCUUUUCGUCCGGGAAAUUUUCCGGCCGCCUUCUGCAGUCUAGCGACCAGGUCUGGUAAUUCCCUAGAGGCUGAGUUAAGGGUGAAACGGGCCGUGGGGGUGAAGGAGGUUCGAGGAACGCGAUGGCAUCGGUCGCCGCCUGGUUGCCGUUCGCUCGAGCAGCGGCCAUAGGAUGGGUGCCGAUCGCUACGCACCCCUUACCGCCUCCGCCGAUACCGAAAGACCGGCGAAAAGCAGACGACGAAAAGCUCCUGAUAAACGUGAGCGGCCGACGCUUCGAGACCUGGCGUAACACCCUCGAGAAAUAUCCCGACACCCUGCUCGGCUCUAACGAGCGGGAGUUCUUCUACGACGAGGACACCAAGGAGUACUUCUUCGACCGUGAUCCGGACAUAUUCCGGCACAUAUUGAACUACUACAGGACCGGAAAGCUCCAUUAUCCAAAGCACGAGUGUCUCACGAGCUACGACGAGGAGUUGGCCUUCUUCGGUAUCCUGCCGGACGUUAUCGGCGAUUGUUGCUACGAGGAUUACAGGGACCGUAAAAGAGAGAACGCCGAACGACUGAUGGACGAUAAACUGAGCGAGAACGGUGACCAAAAUCUUCAGCAGUUGACUAACCUGCGGCAAAAAAUGUGGCGGGCUUUUGAAAAUCCGCACACAUCAACGGCUGCGCUUGUGUUUUACUAUGUGACGGGAUUCUUCAUAGCCGUCAGCGUGAUGGCGAACGUUGUUGAGACCGUACCUUGCGGACACCGACCCGGGCGUGCCGGCACCUUGCCCUGCGGUGAACGGUAUAAGAUAGUUUUCUUCUGCCUGGACACUGCUUGCGUAAUGAUAUUCACCGCCGAGUAUCUUUUGAGGUUGUUCGCGGCACCGGAUCGGUGCAAAUUCGUUAGGUCCGUGAUGUCGAUAAUCGACGUUGUCGCCAUCCUGCCGUACUACAUUGGACUCGGUAUAACCGACAACGACGACGUCUCCGGGGCGUUCGUUACCCUCCGUGUCUUCAGGGUGUUCAGAAUCUUCAAGUUCUCUCGCCACUCUCAGGGGCUACGGAUCCUGGGCUACACUCUUAAAUCCUGUGCCUCUGAACUCGGGUUUUUGGUGUUCUCGUUGGCUAUGGCCAUCAUCAUAUUCGCCACAGUUAUGUUCUACGCCGAGAAAAAUGUCGAGGGUACAAACUUCACAUCGAUUCCAGCCGCCUUCUGGUACACCAUUGUCACCAUGACGACCCUAGGGUACGGUGAUAUGGUACCGGAAACGAUCGCCGGAAAAAUCGUCGGAGGCGUGUGUUCUCUCAGCGGAGUUUUGGUCAUAGCCUUGCCCGUGCCGGUUAUCGUCAGCAACUUCAGUCGCAUUUAUCACCAGAACCAGCGCGCUGACAAGAGGAAAGCGCAGAGGAAAGCUAGAUUGGCCAGAAUUCGCAUCGCCAAAGCCUCCAGCGGAGCGGCAUUUGUCAGCAAGAAAAAAGCCGCCGAGGCUCGCCUCGCUGCCCAGGAAAGCGGACUCGAUCUUGAAGACAAUUACAGGGAGGAGGACAUCUUCGAACUACAGCAUCAUCAUCUGCUACGAUGCCUGGAAAAAACUACGGAUCGCGAGUUCGUGGAGAUGGAGGUGCCGUUCAACGGAGCCCCGAAGAGGCCCGGAUCUCCGUCCCCGCUGACGUCGCCAGCUCACAGCACGGCGUCACGUGGAGGGCUGCUGCGUUCCUGCUGCGGCAGGUGUUACCCCCAGCGAUAUCAGAGCUUGUCGUACCGGAUCGCGUCCAACAUGAGCAAGGACAGAGUGGUCCUCGUUUACGGCGACCGUAUACAAGUGCGGAAAAAGGAUCUUAAGAAGCGUGGUUCCCACACCUGCGACAUGCAGGCACUUCAGCCACUUUCGGUCCCGACAGCGACCUCGACCUGCUCCGGCGCCGGAACUGCUUCGGGAACCGUCCCAGCACUGACUUCCGGGUGUCAGCCCUCGCUGUCCGAACCGGCCUGAGCCUUUGUAGGCAAGAGCAACGUGGAGUUGACGCGGUGACAUUACACAGUCGACGAUCAAAGACCCAGAGACCAAGACGACGUCCUUCAUUCUCCAUCCAUCCUUUAUUCCCGGGCCUCUUGCGAUCGAACUGACGUCGAUUAACGCGAUUCGAGAAGAAAAAACAACGGCCCAGGAAAUUCGUGGAAGCAUCUCGUUGUCUCAUAUAUAUGAGACGUGAAAAGUAAAAAAUCAUAUAAAGGAAACUCCGCGUGAUGUACAGAAAAAUGUAAUAUGUUAUAGCAGUAAUGUUAUAGGGGUGGGAGGGGGGGGGGGCACCACACUUAAGAGACGAGUUAUGAGGGUGACAACAACGAGGCUCCCGCCCAUUUCUCGGCUACUUCAUCCGGGAAAUAGACAGCAAUGGGAGGGGGGGGGGGGGGGGGGGGGGGGAGAUGCUUCCAUUCUCGAAAUGCUUUCUCGUUCUUAGUUACUCUCGUUCCCCGUCCCCCGGUUCAUCAUCCGGGUACUGAAGGAACGGUGCGAGCGAGUUUUCGGUAUCGUAAGUUUAGAGACGAGCGAAUUGCGUACCCCCGGAAGACAAUACGACCGAGAUAUCGAUCAGACGAGGAGGGAAUUGAGGAGAGAUGAAAGGACCAAGAUAAGAACCCGUCGCAGAGAAUUUCACCCCCCCCUUCCCCCCCGCCCCGCCGCUUACCCACUCCUCUCGUUGUUUCUGAAUUGAUGUUAGCUGCAUAGUAGUUAGCGCAGGAACGGGCUGUCAGUCCUUCAGGACCUUCUACAGGAUCGAUUAAAUGUGUAUUAUACUUCCGACCUUACCAUGUAGGAACACUACAUUGUGUCCCCUUGUUAUUAGACCAGUCACCGGGCUGUCAUUGUCUCACCGCGGGUGUAAAGUUACUUUGAAUCAACAAACGUCUUGAUUGCCAUCUUUUAAAGGUUUUACUGGGCGAAGCUUUCGGGAUCAAAAUGGGGGGAAUGGCUGUUUAACGAGCGGCUUCAAAACGAUUGGUGUCCGUAAAAAUACCUACAAUAUAGCCAUGCUUUUCCUGAUCGGUCUUCUCGGGUCGUUCGAUUUUUAAAGCUUCUGCGGUAGCCAGAUUUAAUAUCGACGCAAACACGAACUGAAAAUCGAAUAUAUAUGCACGUUACAUUAUUUCCAAUUAAAAUAAAUUAACAAACUCUUUCGAGAAUUACUCUUCAUUGGUAUAUUUAAGGACGUCGUUAACGAAACGUUUUGCUCAGGCUAGGUCUUGAAGUUUAGCUCAACGAUAAAAAUCUGAGCACAAUUCAAAUUGACGUAAAAUAUCAACGAAAAGUAGUUUCGAAUGCUUUUCGGAGUCUCUGGAUCUUCAGGAAAUUGGUAAAUUUCUAAUAAACGAGUCGACGCGCAGUGGCAAAUGCAAUUACGCAUACCAUACCUAACCAAGCACUCCGGAAGUUGGAUAAUAAUUACGUUGUCACGAUUUACAAGUUUUUUGAGACUUCGACGAUGUGCAGUAAAUGUGAAACGCUCGGGUGACGGAUAUAGUUGAUCGUAUAUCACCGUAGUGCGAUUAUGUAGGACGGUGUUAGCCAUUAUACAUAUACUUAUGAUAGUCCUAUGCAGUCAUCAUUCGUAAUUGAGAACGUCGAGUUUGCUCGUAUGAAAAAAUCGUUUCUUUAUGCGGCAUGUUCAAUUGACCACAAGGCAAAACACAAGCGACAAAUAUUUCACAUCAUACAUGCAUUCAUACCUCCGUAUAUACCGAGAAGAAACGGCGAAACUUUGCAGGCAAGUGAGCGACCGCGCAUGCGCGAAAUAAUUGAACGCUAUUGGUCGGUGGGAUCGAACCGCGGCGAUAUAUUCGUGUGCAAAGCAGGAAAGCCAACUCAAUCGGAGCGGGGCGUGAAAUGAAACGUGACUCGUCGGAGUCAUCGGUCAGUUUACAUUAAGAGUUUGCUCGGUCAUCUCGAAUUACUACUUAACCUACAAAUAUUCGUAACAGCUAUACGCAAUAUCCAUGAAUCGAGUAUAGCAGAUGACGCUUGAAGUAGCAAGUCUGCAUGAAAAGUUCUCGCGAAUGUGCAUAGUCGGAAAUUCAAUCUGCUAUGUUUCACCGAUUCCUCUCGAUAUGUAUAACGGUUUUGUCACGAUGAGACAAGAAAAAGAAAGCAAAUUGCCCAGCGUGCAGUCCAGUCAUUCCGUAUAUACAUACAUUAUAUAUAUCCACACAUAUACACACGUCAUAUAGCUGGUGAUAUCGCAUAUAUACUAUACAUUACGAUAGAACGCAAGUGACAUUGAUGAAAGACAAAGAGAUUUAGAAGAAGUAUGAAUCGUGCAGACCGAACUUGCCAAAUUACGGAAACCUCGCUGUUAAAUCGUUGUCCUGUAACAUUAUCCAACACGUUUCGCAGUUCCGUCGAAUUAAUGAUUGUUAUAUACAUACAAAGUAAGAAAUUGUUCUCGCAAUCAGUUACGUAAUCAUUUUAAAUGUGAAGAAAAUUUUUCUCUUUGCAACAAUCAAAUGCAAACUUGAUUCAAAAUGUUUUACGUGUUGGGUGUUACGGGUGCAAUUUUUCGGUGUGAUUUUUUUGGUCAUGUGCAAAAACGGAUGAUCGGACGAUUUAAAGUUCACUCGGAUGAUUCCUGCAGUGAUAAACUUACGCGUUAACAUGCAAUUUCUAGUUGAGGAUACCCUUGUUCUUUCAAAAUUUCGUAUCGAAUUUAUUCGGUACAGAAUUAUGUAUACACAAACAUAUAUAAUAUACUAAAACGUGCGUCGUGUGUACGUUAAAUUCGACUCGCGUCGCAUCGUCUAUAAAAUAAUAAACUUAGCUGUACAUAAAAUCUAUAGGUAAAAAUUAAAUAAAUAAUUAAAUGAAUAAUGAAGAGAUGAGGAAAUAUAUAUAUAUAAUUAUAUACGAAUAAAUAAAUUGUUCAAUACAUUAUUUAUUGAUUAUAACGUUUUAAGAUCAUCCGUUACAUCAUGUAUUUGACCGGCAAAUAAGUUGGAUAUGCGUUAUUUUAUUGUUAGAACCGAUUGUAUAAAACAAUAUUGAAGAAUGGGGAAGAAAAAAUUAUUAUUCUAAAUCAUUCAAUUAUAGACUAGAUAGUAGUGUGACGUAUAAUGAACGUAAAUCGUACGUAGAAAAAAGAAGUCUAAAAAAUUUAAGUAAAAAAAAAAUACUUACCUGUCGUAUUCUAUCAUUCAGAUUAUUAAAGGAAGAAAAAAAUAAAAUAAAAUAAAAUAAGAAAAAAGAGUUAUAAAAGAGGAAUACAAAAAAAAAUAAAUAAAUAAACAAUCGCGAGAUAACGAGAAUGUUCGCCCGUACGUACAUGGAUUACCUGAUCACCCAAAACAGUGAUAAUAAUUAAAAAAACACGUAUUUGGAUAAUUAAUCGUAAGAGAGCCAACAAUAACAAACUGAAAAAAGGGAAAAAAGUUGAAACAAAUUAUUUAAAAGAUGAAAAAAAGGAUACACAUACGGCCACUUACGGCCAUCAUCAAGUCCAGCGCUAGAUUUGGUUUCGUGAGUUUGUUAUUUCUAUCGUCCAAGUUGGCAAUACAAUAUUCGAAAAGGGUAGGAAGUGUAGGUACCUGCAUACAACUCGUUGAUUAUUGCGUAAAUACAAAGGAGGAUCCUUUAUAGUUUCGAAGUCGCAUUUCUUUUCCCGCAUUUUUUCGGCAUUCGUUCCAUCACUUCGUUGCAGGAACACAUAAUUUUCGGUACCUCAAAAAUAACGUCGCGUAGAAAGAAUUUUAGAGAAAAAUGGAAGAAAGUUGGUUUAGGAAGGAUGAGAGACACGUGGAAUGGCGCAGGUUUAUUUGAACGAAGUAUAUACAGUAAACUGCCGAUUAUAAAGUCAUGG